AAGCUUGCGAGAAGCAUGCGACGGGCAGAAACGUGUGGUCCGUUCUCGAGUUACGGCAUGUCAUUCUCCCGACAACAUGGCGAUGGGCUUCUAUUAUUGUUACAAGCUGCACAGAAGCUCGCUGAGGAUGGACCCAAACGAGCUUGCUACUCAGAAGCUUGGGAACAGAGAUCGGGCCAGCGCGUUCCACAUGACGUCAAGUACCCUAUAGCCAACAGCUAUGCUUAUGGUUCUCCAGGCAGGCCGAUUAGCACACUUAGAUGCACCCAUAACGAACUAGAGAAGAGUCGUCGCGCCCAUCUUCGAGCAUGCAUGGAGACAUUAAAGGAACAUCUGCAUUUUGACAAUGAUAUUCCUAGGAUCACCAUGUUGACGGUUCUCAAGAAGGCGACCUCGACGAUUGAAUACCUCAGACAGAGGAACCAGUGCCUGGAAACUUGUGAGGACAACGAAAAACAGCGUUGUGCUCAAUUAAUUAAGCGACGCGAAAUACUGAAGAAAAAGCUGCUCGAGAAGCGUAACAGAUCACUGAAGCUCCAAAGCUGGAGAGAACGCAAUCGAAACUGCUCUGAGUGCUCCAUUAACACGACUUCAUCUGAUGAUUCCGAGGUGGAUCCUCAUUUCCGACACAUUGGGCAUCCGGAAUAUACGUCCUCUCACGGUCCUUGCAGCGCGUUUUCGAGGAUGGACGCAAUAGGUCUCGGCGCCAGCUGCCUUACCAGCAAGACAAAGAAUGUUCAUGUGUUGGGCACUUAUACACGACCACCUUCCCGACUAGACUGUUUCGACACCAGCAGCUCCGACUCUGGCUACGAAGAGAUUACCAUAGGAUCCAACGGGAUCACAUCAUCAGACGAAAAUUCGCGGACUUCUCAGAUUGGUGACAGUUCUCCGUGCCACAAAUUUCGUCCUAAAUCUCCUACAGAACUUCUGAGCCUAUGAUGCUCAAGCUGGUCACCGACUGUCAAGCCGGGCACUGUUUGUUUCCACAUUUACACUUUUUACUCGGGAACGCAAAAGCUUUCAGUCGUUUGUGCCAAGAAGUGUUCGACAGGAUAACGACUCAAUCGCAUUCAACUUUAAGAGAAUUGAACUUCCUUUCUAUUGUGAAGAGCUUCGCAAUUCGUAUUUUGUUCGAUACCCUCAACCACUCGACAUGAUUUAUGUGGGUGAGUGUCCCCCUCUUCCACAUUUUCUUACAUCAUUUCAGCUGUAAAGAUUCUUGGAGCCACCGUCUGUUAACUGAACUUUGUUUUGUCAGGUCCAGGCAGCUAUUUUUCGAUGUAUCGGCACGGUACAUGUUAUCUACGAUCCUCAUUCCACUUCCACCGCCGUGUUCUCUUCCGAACAUUCACACACCAAUGAUGAGCCGUGAUUUUGAAGUAUUUUGCAUUUUCCUGUAGUUUCUGAGAGGACUCACGUCUAUUUGGCUCGUAUCACAGUCCGUCUACCUUUGCUUUUAUCCUCGGCUUGACACUUUCCGACUUGUGUCCACUGUAGGCCGGAUUCUCGGCUUCGUUAGUCUUUCAAACGGUUUCCCCUUAGGCUUUUUUAUUACGUCCAACGCGAUCAACUUAUGGAUGGUGCUGUCUGAAGCGUAUUGUUUGUGGAUUUUACAGUUGUCUCCACUUACGUGCAAUCGGGCAGCAGCUCAUCCCUCUUACCGCACAUAUUGCAUCAUAAUGCUGUUGCUGAAGCUCAGUCCAAAUACCGUCCGCUUUUGCUUACUUUUUGCGAUCUGGUUCUUCGCAGAUUUCUGUCGUGCUCUAAUUUUUCAGCAUUUCUCAAUUGUUGGACUUGUAGUGGCAGCGAUUUUUCUGUGAUUGCCUCCAUUAAUGAGUGACGCUGUUUAUUUUUCUUUGUAACACCUUUUUUGAACAACGUGCCCACCACGCUGUUGACUACUACCGCACGUUCACACAUUCAUGUAUAUACCAAGCUCUAAUUUUGCAGCCUUUUUAAUCAUCAGGGAAUUGCACAUGUUUAUUUGCGUUUAGCGAUGUUCGGCUCAUUACUUGCAGAUUUCAUUGUCCCAUUGGCGCACUUCACUAUUGCUUGUGACGCACUGGGUGUACAGCUCGCAUUUAAGAAUUGCGCAUAUCAACGACCGUGUGGGAUUGAUUUGUUCCAUGUAGUAUAUUUUUCCUGAUGCUAUCCUUCAAGAAUUAGUGAUUUGUCCUUUUAGUCUUACUUCAUGCAAAUAUUUGUAGCGAUGUGCUACAAGAUUUCAUUUCUAACUACUGCCGUCCUCAGGAAGCGCAAUAAGCCGUACAGAUAUCUUAUUACCAUCGUUACCGUUAUCACUAAGUGUCAAUGUCAGCUGGGCACACUCAUAUUGACACCUAAUUGUACAAGCUCUUUAUAUAAGG